AUGGUUGACGGAAGCGGAAAGAUGCGGAUUCGCCGCGUAAAGGCCAACGGGCGAGAGCGGGCCCGAAUGCACGGGCUCAAUAAUGCGCUGGAUGUUUUGAGAGAGGUGAGUGGAAACAAAAAACAAAAAAUAAAGUUCGCGCCCACCGGGGAUCGAACCCACCGAGGCAAAACGGGUUGAUUGCUAGACGCGCAUGCUAACCACUCGCACACGCGCGCUCUUGAAAACAACCGGGGGAAUUUUGCUUUUAUAUGCGAUGCUAGAAAAAAAUUCAAAAUUUUAAUUUCAGUACAUCCCAAUCACCACUCAACACCAAAAACUGUCCAAAAUCGAAACGCUGCGAUUGGCCAAAAACUACAUUGAAGCGCUGAAUCGAAUGUUGGCCACAAAUGAGCAACCAACACCGCUAGAAUAUGCACAUCAAUUGGCGAAUGGCUUGAGUCAGACAACGACUAAUAUGUUGGCGAAUUUGUUGCAGGUGAGAAGGAUUUUGAGCUGAAAAUUGGAGGAAAAUGGGGAAUUUUCGGUGAAUUUCGAGGUGAAAACCUUAAAAAUGAUGAAUUUCGAUGAAUUUUAAGUCAAAAUUCACAAAAAUUGAUGAAUUUUGAGCUGAAAACCUUAAAAUUCACUCUAAGCAACUUGUAAAGCUUAAAGGUCUUAGCAAUUCGUGAAAAUAUCGGAAAAUUGCCUGAACUUGAUGAAUUUUUAGCUUACAACCCUAAAAAUUUCAAAAAUUUCACCUAAAAAUGAAUGUUGAGUGAUUUAAGGUUGAAAUUAGCAAUUUCGAAGGUUUUUAGCUCAAAAUUCUUCAUUUUUAGUGAUUUUUAAGCUGUGAACCUUUAAAAUUCACCUUAAGAAACUUUUAAAGCUUAACAAGUCUUAGAAAUUACUGAAAAUAUUAGAAAAUUGCAAAAUUUAAGCUUACAACCCUAAUUUAAGGUUAAAAUUAGCAAUUUCUAAGAUUUUUAGGUCAAAAUUCAUCAUUUUCGGUGAUUUCUAAGCUUUAAAAACCGUAAAAAAACCCUAACCCUAAAAUAAUUUAAAAAAAAAAUAUUUUCCAGGUCCAACCCCGCCACCUUCUCCCACCAUCACAAUUCGAAGCCCAUCAAUUUUUUCCCAGCACAUCUGACAACACUCAAUAUUUCCACCCCCACCAACAACAAUUCCUCUCCCCCACCAAUUCUUCCACAUCCACCAAUUACCCGACACCAAGUCCACCACAAUAUUAUGUUCAAAAUUCGACGAAUCCAUCGGCUGCGCCUUUGCAACAAUAUCAUAGUCAUCAGGAAUUUGAACAUCAAUUUUGA